GCAUAGGAAACGCCAUCGGUUGGGUAGAACCGUUUUCGUGAAACUCUCACCGUUUUAUGAUUUUGAUUGUUAACUAAUGUUUGUGUUUGGAAGAUGCCUGUCGAUUUCAGAGAUUAUUUUUGGGGUGAGAAAAAUAAUGGAUUUGAUGUUUUAUACCAUAACAUGAAAUAUGGCCAAACUGCUAGUAAAGAAUUAGUAGAUUUUUUCAGAGAGAGAUCAGGAAUUGAAGAAGCUCAGUCAAAACUUUUAACAAAGUUAGCCAAACAAGCUGGCAGUGCAUGUUCAAAUGGAACCUUUGCUCCAUUGUGGCAAGUCUUGAAAGUUUCAACAGAGAAGCUUUCGUCUCUUCAUAGUGAAAUGGUGCAAAGGAUACAAGAUUUAGUUAAAGAGGUACAUAAAUACUGUGAUGAACAGCAUAAAAAACAUAAACUGGUUAAAGAAGAGGAAUCUGGGACAUUAGAAGUAGUGCAAUCUAUUCAACAGACAAUAACAUCUUUAUCAAAAGCAAAAGAAACAUACAAUAGUAGGUGUCUGGAAGUGGAGAAAUUGAGAAAAGAAAAUAGUUCUCCAAAAGAUUUUGAAAAAGCAGAGUUAAAGUGCAAGAAAGCUUGUGAGGACUACAAAAGUUAUGUAGAUAAAUAUAGCCAUGUUAGAGAAGAAUUUCAGAAGAAAAUGACUGUAUCAUGUCAACACUUCCUAAACCACCCUUUACUUGCCAGGAAGAGUUUUUCUUCAGAACUACCACUUUGUUCAAUCACCAAAUCAUCCUACAAGUUUUUUGCCUUAGCUUGUAUAACCAUCUGCAAGUUACCAUGUCGGAGGUUGUACCUUCUACCAGCACGGUUACUCAGGCUUCAGUUGGGGAACUCGACUUUGGAAUUAUCAGCAAUUAUUCAUCGAGAGAUUGAUCAUUAUUUGAGCCAACCUUCUUCUCAUAAUGUUGCCCAACUUCCUCCUGAACAAGCCAAACCUAUUAGACAUAAUGUUGAUGUAUUUGAUAAUGUGAAUGUGGUCAUCUGUCCUCUUAAGGGCCAGUCAGUUUUGAGGAGGCAGAUUUGUCCUCCGUUAGUCAGGUCAGCUCUGCAGACACUUCACAGAUCUACAAUGGAGAGAAUCCAAGUAAAAAAGAAGUUAGCUAGCAUGUGCAUGAGAUGGCAUUUUGCAGGCGGUGGUCAUGAUAUUGACAUCAGCCCAACACCUUCCCAAAAUGUUACCCCUGCGGCAGUUUUUGCUUCCUCAACCUCUGGCUCCACUUCUGAAAACAAUGAACAGCUCUCUAGGACAACUUUUAGGGGCUCCAAAUGGUUCUUAAAAAGCAAACGAGAAAAGAGGAAGGAAAAGAAGAAAAAGAAGAAGGAAAGUCAAUGCAGAAUUGACGACCAGGCUGAAGCACCUGAAAAAGAUGAUGAAGAAAAUGCCAGAACACUUACUGUGGAAGUAGAUGAUGAGGGAUUUACUAUAAGACCUCACAGUGAAGGAAAGGAUGAAAAAGAAGCUUUUUAUUCCAGCUCGGAUGCAGAUUCAGAUGAAGAAGAGAAAGAGAGAAAAAUCCACAUAGAAAUCAAACCUCUUAGUAAUGGUGCUCCUAUGAGUGCAAGUGUUGAUGAACUCAGGGCAACUGUGGGCACUCUUUCCCUUUCUCCUUUGUCCCAGACUACACAGAGCCAUCCGGAGACUUUAUAUCUACGCUUAAAGAAUAGACGUACAUACAGUAGUGCAGCAUCCACUCCAGAAGAUGGUCCUAUGAAGAGAUCCAUAUCAGCUUCUCAUCCUAUCAGCAAAGGAGAUAGUGACAUUUUAAGUUUUUCCACACCAAAUGCAUCCAGUGCCUCUACUCCGACAGGAACAUCUGGUAGAAUGCAGAGUCCUUUAAGUUUCGGUAGCACGAGCAUUGGUCCAAGUGCUGACACAACACCAACUGUUGAUAGAUAUGCGGCCCUCAGUGAACUGUUCUCAGAAGCAGCACACAAUAGUGUAUCCACUUCAGAACCAAGCCAAGUUCCAUCCAACAGUAGCAGAGUUAGUACACCUACAAGUUCAAUAGGCCCUCCUCUGUCAGCAUUACCUAGGCCACCAUCAAGAAGAGCUGUGGAGAAUUCAACCAGAGGAAGAAUGUCACCAUCCCCUAUGCCCAGAGCAGAGAGCAUAGGUAGUUUAACAAGUGAUUUUAAAACAACUUCAAUGCCUGUUGGAUCUUCCCGUGGACCUUCUCCAUUGACUAUUGGAAUAUGUGAUACAAUUCCUCUAGCUGUAGCCUUCCAGGAAGUGGUUCAUGCAUACUUCAAGGGUACUGAUGAGACAAAAUGUCAGGUGCGUCUCAUGGGAGAUGUGAAGGUCUCAUUUCCUGCUGGCAUAGUCCAAGUCCUUGCCAACAAUCCUAAUCCAGCUUCCCUGUCAUUCCGUAUAUCCAAAACUGGAAAACUGGAAAAUAUUUUGCCAAAUAAGCAAUUAAUUUUACAAGACACCAGUCAGUCAACAGUUGAUAGCUACUUGUUUGAGUUCAAUAUGCCGGCCUUGACAGGACUAUUGAGGAAGCAGUAUGAACAAGCACCUAAUGCAUCAUAUUUUAACAUUGACAUUUUAAAAUAUCAUAUUAAGUCUUUACCAGGUGCAAAAAGUACUCCACUUCACUUAGUGGCUUACUGGAAGUGUGAACCUAGAACAACAAACCUUAGGAUUGAUUACAAGUACAACCCAUCAGCACUUGCAAGCAUGACACCAGUGUCUAACAUCACAGUUAUAGUACCUGUUGAUGGUGGUGUUAAUGACAUGCAGUCCAAGCCAUCUGGUACCUGGAAUGCUGAAAAUCAACGGGUGAUAUGGCGGAUACCAGAACUUUCUCACCGCUCUGAAGGAGCAGGUAUUGGGUCCUUGCGGGCCAGGUUCGACUUAAGUACUGGCCCUUCCACACCUGGUACCCUCAUAGCCCAGUUCUCGUGUCAAGGAACAUCUCUCUCUGGUGCUGAUUUUGAGCUUGCGUGCACAGGCUAUCGUCUGUCAUUAGUCAAGAAGCAGGUGAUGGCAGGAAAGUACCUAUGUGAGGCAGACCAGACCACUAGCUAUGCAUGACAUUAAAUCUAACCUCUGGUGCCUCAUGUAGCAUUCCAUCUAGUGGUGACCUGCUCAACCUACCUGCCUUCCAUUUUAUUAAAAUCAAAUAACAACAAGAGGUUUGUUGAUUGAGUUAAAGCACCACCUACACCUCAUUUAUCACUAGCUCAUACCAUAGAAAAGUUUGCUUGGAGUAAACACUAAGUAUGGGAAAGAGUAGUGUGUAUUAUGUAUAAACUAUUAGGAGUUGUGUGAUCUUCAAAAUUUCUUCAUGCCUGUGUGAUUAAGAGCCACCAUUUAAAGUCUGUGUAUUCAGAUUGGAUCGUCAGGUUUUUGUAAAGAUCUGAAUAAUAACAGAGAAACACAUUUGCUAAUUCAACUUAUGCAGUGUAACUAGAGACAUUUUGACUUCUUCAAAGAUUAAAAUUAUUAAAUGUGAAUUCUUUCAUGGCGACACUUAAAAUGUUCUAGUAGAGAUUUUAAUGAAUUUUUAACACAUUUAGUUGUUAAAAAUUAAUUGAAAAAUUAUCUAUUUUACAUCGUGAUACAAGCACUUUCAUCUGAUAUUCACAAAUUGGGUGUUUUCAAAACUUCCUAGUCAGUUAACUUUAAAAUAAAUAUCAAAAUAUUUUUUUUUUCAUGUAGCUUUCUAUGUUAUUGAAAAAUGUAUUCAGCAAAAACUUCGUGAAUGUUAUAGAACAGUUUAGGAUUAUAAAUUGUAUAAUACAAAUCACUGACGAAAACAUGUCUGUUAAAAUGUAUCUAAUAAUGCAGGUGUGUGUGUGUGUUAACAAUUGCAAAACUAUUCUGUAAUUGUACCUUCUGCUUCAAUCUUAACUAGGUAAACUGAAAGAGUGGGAUAUUUAACAAUACGAGUUUCCUAUGUUCAUCCAGCAUAAAAGAUAUAGUAUAACAUUUUUUGUAUAACUAUAGUACAUCUGGACAUUUUAAACACUACUAAUGAAUCAAGUUGUACAUGAAAAUAUAUGUAAGUUUUAUAUAUACACACAAACACACACACACGCAGAAAUAUGCAUGUAGUACUCACCAUUCUGAUGUUCCUAUUGUUGUGUUGAUAUUCACCCAAUUAUGAAAUAUGUAUGUUUAAAAUUUUGUUCUCAUGUUUUUGUGAAUACAUUUUGAUAUUUCAUUUACAUGCUGAUUAUGAAUAGUAGUUAAUUAACAUACAGUUGUUAAUUCUGAUGACUUAUGACAAAACACAGUGAAGUUUGCUACAAAAGAGUAUCAAGCUAUUUACACGUAGUAAAAGUUUUUCCACACUAAAGACCAACUAGAAGCAGAAGCUACGUAUGAGGAAAAUAUUUGUCAGGAAUUAAUUUUUUUCUGAGCAAAUGAAGAGAAACAUCACUAGUUUAUUGUCGUACCUAUGAAAAGUUUAAUUAGGAAAUACUAAGAUGUAUGGCAUGAUGUAUUGUGUGUUAGGAUCUUCAGACUUUUUUUCUGUGAAGAAUUUCUGGUUUUUAUUUAUGAUAAGAAAAUAGCUGUUGACAAGAAGUGUACCUUAAAUAUUUAACUUUGUCUCUCAACAGUAGCACAGAAAUAAGGAAAGAGCAAAGGGUUUAGAAAUUACAUCCCAUUUGUUGUAAAAAAUAUAGAACUUGUUAAGUUGAAGUGAAUGUUUAAUACAUACUGUAGUAACUAUGACAUGAAAGUUUAAGAUGGUUCAUAGGUAGAGGCGAAUAUAACAUACCGUAGUUAUUGCUCUUUGAUAGGAUAGGUAAAUAGAUUCUUUGUUUGUUUUUUUCGUUAUAUACUAUAUAUAUAUAUAUAUAUAUAUUGGCAUAAUUGUUUUGGGAUUAAACUUGUCUAUUAAAUUAGCAUGUUUUUAAAAAAAUGUGGAAAAUUAUGGCAGUAGCAAGGACUUCAUUUUUACACAAUACUUCCCAAAUUUCAGGAAAGAUCUGAUGUAUUUGUUAAAGUAUAUAUUUUAUUUGUCAAUUUUUGUGAAUGAUACGAAUUUUUUUCUGAUAACAAAUGUGUGUCGGGAUUUUCCCCUUACCUUUAUUUAAAGAUAAUACCAGUAUGUUUCUUUGAGAAAUUUUAUGUAGUACCAUGCACUGAAAUUUUGUUUUUCUUUAAUACUAGUAUUAACACAGAUUGCUUUUUUUAUUAAGAUAUAUAUAUAUAUGUGCUAAUUUCCUUUUCAUAUACACAUCAAGCUUUUCCAAAUAAUGAACUAAAUUUUAUGUAGCAUGUUUUGAUGUAUUUGUAUUUACAAGUAAUGAACUUUUUUUUUGGCAAAUUUUUCCUGUAAAAAAAAAUAAUAAUAAUCAGUAAUACUGUCAAUGUCAAUGAUUAUGUAGAUGUCUAGCUUGUGUGAAAGAUUAUGUUGCUGGUUAUCUUUGUUUGCCAGUUUUUCGUUUUGGACUAUGAGAGUGUAAAUUAUCAUAUGAAUGCUAUGUAGUCUUUCAGGGGUUUUCAGAAUGGCCUUCACAAGGAAAUGUGCGUUUCAAUGGGUGUUUUCAUACUUGAACUAGAAAAUGCUGGUACAAUUUACUGAUGUAUUUGGUUUCCUUAGUAGCUGAAUAACAAUCUUUGCAUUGAAAGCUGAAAAAAUUAUUUUUAUUGAAAUGAAUUGUAUUGUCAUUGACUUGGAUGUAGAGUUAUGUAAAGUUUUACUGUGUUACUCUGUUAGUAUCUGCAUAUAAUGUUAAAGGUCUCAGUAAGUUUUCUAAUUUAAGCCCAUAAACCAAAUUAUGUGUAGUAAUAUCAUCUACUAGGUAUAAAGAGAACUUGCAUUUGUUCAUCUUUGAUCAUUUUUACAUUAUAUUGACUUAAAUUAAGAGACCUACUGGGAACUUCUUUAUAAUUUUGUAACCACCUCCUGUUGCCCUGGGGGCCUACAGUUUGUUUUUGUAUCAUACUUUGACAUUGGUUAUAUAUAUGCAUGUAUUGAAACCCUUUUAUGUUCAGAAAUGGGUUCUAGAUACCAGUGAAUUUGAUCUAAAUAAAUUAAUAUGAAAUAUAA